UACCCUUAUUGGUGAUUUUAGCUGUUACGCUAUCUCAAUCGUUUGCUUAUAAGACAUAUUUCAUGGAUAAGAAUUGCAACAAUGACCUUCUGAUGAAAGACUCUGGAUCCGGAUUCUUGGAACUUACUAGCUCAUCGCGUUACGAUAAUAACAUGGACUGUUUCUUGGUGUUGACUGCUCCUCCAAAUCAGAGGAUGCUGGUCCGACUGCUUAAACUGAAUUUACAUUCGGGCCUUGACCCGUGCAGUGACUGGAUGCAGCUGUUCGACGGAGGAUCUCCGUUGGAUACAGAAUUAACAGGCCACCUGUGUGGGGAUACUAUACCUGGGGAAUCUUAUGCCUCAACUGGACAGACAAUAACUGUGGUGUUUACUAGUGACCAUGCCGACAACGAUGGUGGAUUCAUGUUGCUGUUUACUACCUUUUCCAUGGGCAAUUUAUAAGCCGUGUGAAGUAUCUGACUUCAGGUGUGACAACGGCCGCUGCAUCCCCGGUAACCUGGAGUGUGCAUUGCACGACCACUGUGGAGAUGGCUCCAACCUCUGUUCUGACGUUAUGUGGAUUGUCAAAGGCUGCGUCUCAGGCUUUGUGGUUAUUGUGGCGAUUGUCAUUGUGACCUAUGUAUUUAUGAAACGCCAAAAACGGAAGCGUGCCGCGCAUGGUGGUCCCGGCACCCAGUCCAUUCCUCAUCGACGUCGACGCCGUAUUAAGCCAGCGCCUCAAAGAAAUCCACGCCAACCAGUAGAUGAAAAGAGUCCACUCCCAGAUAUUGAUGACUAUUGAAUAACCACCUCUUACAGGACAUGCAGCUCAGCCAGCUCCUACAGGAAACUCAACUCAGCCAGCUCCUACAGGAAACUCAACUCGGCCAGCUCCUACAGGAAACUCUACUCAACCAACUUCUACAGGAAACUCUACUCGACCAACUCCUACAGGAAACUCUACUCAACCAACGCCUACAGGAAACUCUACUCAUCCGGAUCCUACAGGAAAUUCUACUUGGCCAGCCCCUACAGGAAACUCUACUCAUCCAACUCCUACAGGAAAAUCUACUCAACCAACUCCUUCUGAUUAUUCGAAAGUCACCAAUGCCUCAGAUGAGAAACCAGUGGAAUAGAAAAUUUAAUACAUUGUUUAAGCUGAAAUUAGAUUUACCUGGGGUUGUUGAAGAGUGUUGGUUUUUGUGGGGGGUUUUCCCCGGCUUCCACAUGUUGUCCAUCAUCCUCUAUCUUUUCGUUCAGUAUUCCGCUGUCUGCCAGAUACAAUCAGUAAAUAAUUAUUAUUAGUUUUGAGAGGCUGUAAAUAAUAAGUUUUUCAGGCAAGUACAUGUUCUAUUUUAGGUAUCCUGUAGGAAAUGCAUUAAGGAUAGUUUAGGUUAGUUUGUAAGUAUUGAUAUCUCAGUCGUUCAGAAACAGUAACAACUGAAAGGUCUUUCAUUUAAAUGUUUUUUGUUUAGCCAGUCAUUUAUCUGGGACUAACCGGCCUCGGUGGCGUCGUGGUAGGCCAUCGGUAUAUAGGCUGGUAGGUACUGGGUUCGGAUCCCAGUCGAGGCAUGGGAU